AUGAGUCGUUUCUUUGCGACUGGUACUGACUCCGAGUCUGAAAGCUCGAGCGAGGACGAGCCAGUAGUACGCGCACCCGCACCCGUCUAUACGUUCAGUGAUGAUGAGGAGGAAACGAAGCGCGUUGUGCGCUCCAUGAAGGAGAAGCGAUAUGAAGAACUGGAGGCAAUCAUCCAUUCCCUGCGUAACCACCGCAAGAUCAAGGAUUUUUCUUCAGCUCUUGCUUCUUUUGAAGAGCUCCAACGAGCCUACACUCGUGCUGCACCUGUUGUACUAAAAGAAGAAAAUGGAGUUGCUCCGAGAUUCUUCAUUAGAGCACUUGCCGAGUUGGAUGACUGGGUGACUGGAGCAUGGAAUGAUCGUGACAGCAGAAAGGCAUUGUCUAAAGGCAACAGCAAGGCACUGACAUCCUUGAGGCAAAAAUUAAGAAAAUAUGCAAAGGACUUUGACACUGAGAUGUCUAAGUUCCGUGAGGAUCCAGAUCUUCCUGAUGAUGAUGAAGAACGUAAAGACACCUCAUCCUCUGAUGAGUCUGAUGACGAGGAAAAGGUAAAGGAGAAACCGCGAGUGCGGUCAGUGCAGCCUGAACCGCCGCGCCGUCCUCCUCCACAAGAUGACGAGUCCUCCGAUUCCAUGGACUGGGGCUCCAGCUCUUCUGAUUCGAGCUCCAGCUCUGAUGACGAAAACCGUGGAGCCACCACCAUCCGAGAACGAUUCUUGAAGAGAAACACUGAAAGGGAUGAAGAUGAAGACAGAGACAGGCGCAAGGCCAAACGUCGUGAGGACAGGCGUGAUGCUAGAAUUGGUAAAGUUAAGAAAGACCAAGCUGAUGAUGGAGGCGAAUGGGAAACUGUCAGGAAGGGCGCUGCCACCUCUGAUAAACCUAAGAUGUUUGCCAAGGACAGUGACAUUGAUGCAGCACUGGUAGUAAAGAAACUGGGUGAAAUCAGCGCAGCCCGUGGUCGCAAACGUACUGAUCGCCGCGCUCAACUGGAGUUGUUGCAUGAAUUGCGUACUGUAGCUGCAGCCCACAACCUGGGAGAUGCUCUCCAACUCAAGCUGCGCGCCGCCACUGUGGCCGCUCUCUUCGACUACAACCCUAAAGUAUCAGAUGCCAUGAAACCCGAAUAUUGGUCAAAACUCGUCGAAAAUGUGGACCACAUGGUCACCCUACUUUUAGCUCACGAAGAUAUGCAACUGAGUGAAAGUAUCACUGAGGAAAAUGAAUCACUAGUGACUGCACCCUUCCUCGUUCGUGGUUGCCUAUUGACGGCUUUAGAACGGCUUGAUGACGAGUUCACUAAGCUGCUUAAGGAGUGCGAUCCCCAUUCUAAUGAAUAUGUUGAAAGAUUGAAGGACGAAGUUCGCGUUUCUACACUUAUUGACCGCGUGUGCCAAGUGGUCGAACGCGACGGCACUCCACAAGAAAUAUGUCGUGCGUAUCUCCGUAAAAUUGAUCACUUGUACUACAAGUUUGAUCCUCGCGCAGUGCGCAAAGAUCUUCCUCCUGGUGAGGAAACUACCAUCAAAAAAAUGGAAAAAUUCUGCAAAUAUAUUUACGCUCACGAUGAAACUGACCGACUUCGAACUCGUGCCAUCCUGUCACACAUCUACCACCACGCUCUGCACGAUAACUGGUUCCAAGCCCGAGACUUACUAUUAAUGUCACAUUUGCAAGAGACUGUUCAACAUUCAGACCCGAGCACUCAGAUUUUGUACAAUCGUACUAUGGCCAACCUAGGUUUGUGCGCUUUCCGACGAGGCAAUGUUAAGGAGGCCCAUGGCUGUCUAGCUGAACUGAUGAUGACUGGCAAACCCAAGGAACUGUUAGCUCAAGGUCUGCUGCCUCAGCGGCAACACGAGCGUUCUAAGGAACAGGAAAAGAUAGAGAAACAACGCCAAAUGCCGUUCCACAUGCACAUCAACUUGGAACUGCUUGAAUGUGUGUAUUUAGUAUCUGCCAUGCUAAUUGAGAUUCCAUACAUGGCCGCCCAUGAGUUCGAUGCUCGCAGACGCAUGAUCAGUAAGACUUUCUACCAGAACUUGCGCGCAAGUGAGCGUCAGGCUUUGGUAGGCCCGCCCGAAUCCAUGCGUGAGCAUGCUGUGGCUGCCGCCAGAGCGAUGCGCCGCGGAGACUGGCGUGCUUGUCUGAAUUUUAUUGUAAAUGAGAAAAUGAACGCAAAGGUUUGGGACCUGAUGGUGGGUGCUGACAAUGUCCGUGCUAUGCUUGGUCGUCUGAUCCGCGAGGAGUCGCUCCGCACUUACUUGUUCACUUACGCCCACGUCUACGCUUCACUCUCGUUGCGUUCCCUGGCGGAUAUGUUUGAGCUGCCGCGCCAGCGCGUGCACUCUCUCGUCUCCAAGAUGAUCAUCAAUGAGGAGCUGUUGGCAUCACUUGACGACCCCAGCGAGUGUGCUAUCUUACAUCGUUCAGAGCCAACUAGAAUGCAGGCUUUGGCAUUGCAGCUAGCUGACAAGGUUGGCAAUCUAGUGGAUUCGAACGAGCGUAUCUUCGAGAAACAAGGCUCGUUCUUCCAGCGCGGCGGCGCGGGCGGGCGCGGCGAGGGGCGCCAGCGCGAGCGGCCGCGUGAGGGCUGGAACCGGCGCACGCGCAACCGACGCCGUGACGACGAACGUGGGGACGACUAG